AUGCACCCUCUCAAGAGACGUUUCGAGCCUGUGUUGUUGGACAGAUACCCUGCCAAGGAUGCGACAGACGAGAUCAGCCGUCGUGGCAAGUUCCCAGACUACGUUCCCAUGUUUGCUUUCCCCAACGACAUCCAUAUCGUGUCUUCAGACGAGCGACCCCGUUCCACCUGGCACGGCUUCACUAUGACCUCGGACGACAACUCCAAGAUCUAUGGUAUCACCAUCAUAAUCUGGACUGCCCUGACCUCUGAGGUUGCAGAUGAAGUGGAAAAGAGAUGCGAGCAGUGGCGGCAGAGUCACAUGUCAAACGAAGAGCGGGAGCUGGCGGCCAGUCUCGGUGUGCGACUUGCAGCUGAGCGUGCCCACCUCUCUCAGCUUCUCGCAAAGCUUCCGACAAUUCCUUCUGGAUCCUCCGCUCGCGACAUUCUGGAUGACCAGAUCAGUACCGUAGAGGAGAAGAUCAGUCUCAUGACGGAAAUGUUGAGACCACUACGACACGGUGCCGCUUCCAAGAUCGACGGCUUGACUGCUGGAGAGAGUGGUCUGUGGGCUCCUAGAGCCUACGGUAUCUUGGGAAGAGACAACACCAGAAUGUCGUUCUGGAAAGAGUGGCUGCGAGCUGUUAUCGUGCCAAUGACCGACGGCGCUGUGCUUCGGGUGCCACCUAGCUCCCCUAAGGUUGGCCGCUGGCAACCCCUUGAACGAUAUGUUGUCAACCUCUGUACCGAGGCGUUCAGUCCACUGGGCUCCAAAACGCAGGUUGAGCUGGGCGUGCGGGAGUUGCGACUCUACUGCCGGAAGGAGGCCAUCAACGAGAUCCCUGGGGCAAGGACCAUUGACAUCUACGCCCUGUUCAGGUGUUUGUCCACGGAAAACAUCGUUGCCUUGUUCGAGUAUGCCAUGUCGGAGUCUCGCAUCAUUUUCAUGUCCUCCCAUACUGGCAUGCUCCAUCUGGCAUGUCACGCACUGGUCAACUUGUUGUAUCCUCUUAAGUGGGCGAGCAUCUUCAUACCCGUGCUUCCCGCGCGUCUCAUCUCUGCCUUGGAGGCACCCUGCCCAUACAUCGUUGGUAUCGAGCGACGAUAUGAAAAGAUCGAGCUUCCGGACGACGAUUAUGUGUUGGUCGACCUGGACAUGGAUACGAUCGAUGCUACUGCGCAGCCUGUCCGUCUGCCACGACAGCACCGCCGCAAGCUCAUCUCUCUGCUGCACGUGGCUGCCCCGCACCAUAUCCGGUAUGGAGUGGCUACCGGCCCUCCGCCGUACGCGAUGGAGUCGUACCCGUACGAUGCCUUCUCGGUCGAGAACGACACAUUAUUCAACUCCAAUACUGCCGCUAGCACCCUCGGCAAAUGGGUCACACAGAACUCUUCGUCGUUUGGAGAGCCGGAACCCCCAACUCGCAAGUCGGACCGACCCGGCACUAGCAAGUCCGGUAAAACUAGCCCGCAGUCUUCUGUUUCACCGGUGUCCAUGAACUUUCCGCCAAUGCCAACCACGCCAGUGUCACGAAGCGACUCCGGCUUCGCCCAGACUCUGAGGGAGAAGAAGUCGGGUCACUUUGACGAAAAAUCUCGACGCAGCUCGUCCUUUGGGAUGGACAAGCAUCCGCCGUUGCAUCGGCCCAGCUUGCCUUUCCUGAGCGGCCACAACCCUAGCAUGUCGGUAUCCGCCAUCUCGGUCGAUUCGCAGUCUUCGUAUGGAGGCUACACGCCGGGUUAUGCCCCGUCGACCUAUGCGCAGUCCACGUUAGCAGCCUCUACCAUCAUGCCUAACAUGCUGGUACAGCCCGUGCGGAAUACCGAUACCAUGGUUUGGGUUGAGGGUCACUGCUUCAACUGGAUUCCCCACGACAUGUCGUCUACAUGCUCGGUCUGCGACGAAAAGUCUGAGGGAGAUGGCAUUUACGAGUGCUCUCACUGCGAUGCGCAUGCUCAUAACCGCUGCCUCGGGCAAGUCUCGGUAGUAUGCAAGGAAGCAUUCCAUGCGGAUCGUGUACGAGCUGCCUUCGUCCGAUGUCUCGCCAGUUUGCUGUACACUUACAGGAAGCACCUCGGUCGUCCUACCCGGGAGCAAAAGAGCAAUGGCCAGCUCUACUCCUUCGAUAUGAACGGUUUCAUUAAGAGUCUUCCAUAUGAUCAACAGGAGUAUGCUACAAUGUUGAGAGAUACUCAAGCUUUCAACGAAUUCAUCCACGAACGGGAGACUCACUCGGCAACGCAUUCUUCGAUCCGUCUCUUCGAUGAGAUCAUCAUGGCCAAGAAGGCUCGUGGUCGGCCCGGACUCUCGACGGGAUUCUCACGUCUUUCGACCCUCCGCAUGUCGCACGGCGCAUCGAGCAACGUGUCCGGCUUUGCUGCGCCUUCCAAGCUCAAGAUACCCACUUAUCUGGGCGACACUUCCGACCACAUGUGGCGGACGGCUUCGGUGCCAGUUCCCAGCGCUAAAUUCCCCGGCGAGUACCGCACCGUCGUCACUCGGAUUCCCACCAAGCUGGACCCCAGUCUCAUGAGAGAGCCCCGAGCGAUCCAGGGUGUCCCCCGGGCAGAGCAACGGACACGCGGUCUCAUCCGGAAGCAAGUUCCCAGCAUGGUUGGCAGUCCGCCCAACUAG